GCUCCGGCAGGAACGUAAACAGUGUUUCUGUGUGCUGCUCUGGUUCACCAGGAGCGGAUUAGUCAUGCUGACCACAUGACCCAGAAGCUGUACGCCGGCUCCCUCGGCCAGUAAAGCGAGAUGAGUCGUCCGCGACUGGACCUAAUGGUCAGGGGUUACCUUUAUCUAUGGGCAAAUAUACGAAACUGCCUUAUACUGAGUCACUGGCCAGUCUCGUCCAGUACUGUCUACUUUGGCUGCCAAAAGUUGUCCAAGGUAUAUGAGUCCUCUCAUUCUUUUGCAUCUGGUCAUCUUAUAGAUGCCUUAUAUUUUGUGCGGUAGUAGAAACUACUGUGCCUAUACUGCUGCACUUGUUCUGUUCUUGAAAAUUGAUGCUGAGAGGAUUUUUGUUCAUUGUUCAUCCUACUUUCCUGCCCUGACUAUAAGCAUAAGGAGAUGUCAUUUUAUGUUGGGGACUCUUUAGACUUUGAAGGAGCUUUGGUCAUUAUGCUUGAGCAGUGGGGCAGAACUAAUGGUUCAAUUGUGCUCUAAUUUUUUAUUUUAAACUGUAUUGGAACCUAGUUUUCUAAGUUCUUUUCAAAAGGGCUGAACAGAGCUUGUUGUAGACAUGUCCAGCUGUUCUUGUUGUGAAACUAGUAGCAGUGACGUGCACCAAGAACAAUGUGCACAUGUUUCCCAUGUAUUUGUUGCAGGUAUUAGGUGUCUGCUUCAAGUUCCAAGGAAUGCCUCCUUUUGCGUCCCUGUGGAUUGCUCUCACAGGCAGGCAUGGGAGCAGGAUCUCAGACACAGAUCAUAAAUUAGGUGUUAGCAGGUUAGUAUAAUGAAUAUGAUCCUUCAUGUAACCUCGUCCCAAACUGCUGAGGACUUUAAAGAUCAUGACUAGUGCUUUGAAAUUAAACCCAGAAAUGCACUGGCAACCAGUGCAAUAUGUUACAACCCCAACCCACCUCCAGACAUCAGUUCAGCAUUUCACACAGCCUUCUGGAGCAAAUAGGUGGAAAAGAGGAGUAGAGCUGUACAGUAUGUCAUCCACAUGUUGAUGACAUUAUUGUUAAAUUUGGAACUAUUCCUUUUUAAAAAAAAAGAAAAAAAGAAAAAACUUCAUGAAAAUUAACUUGGAUGCUGAAUGCUAGCCUCAUUUAACAAAAAUGAAAUAAGAAGAAACAUACAAAAAACCCACAUCCCACUCUUUUUCUAUGGUGUUCCCAAUAUACACAGUUUUACUUAAAUGUGUGGUUCCUCGGAAUGUAACCCCCGCAUCAAUGGGUAGCUGCCUGUACCUGACAUCUCCAUUUCAGUUAAGCAGAGCACAGUUUGCAGCCACAUCCAAUGUAGUGGCACAGGCAGCCAUAUUUGCUAUGCUGGCUAUGAGCUUGACUAUGACUCGGAACAAUAUUGGUUUAGCAGUGGAGUUGGUCAUGCUUGCUUGCACUUAAAUGGAAAUCGAUAUGCUGCUUCCUGACUUGGUGGUUUUGAAAAGCUACGCAAAACAGUAUUCUUCAGGGCUAAAGGAGUAAUUAAUUAAUAAAACAGAACACCUGUGUAUAUCACAACCUGCUCCAUGUUAAAUAGAAAGCAUUUUCACAUUCUGGGAAGGACUCAUGAGCCCAGGCACAUUGUGGGAGAAUGCAUUUGGCUAGUAAACAAAGCUGUUUAAAUCCAGCAGUUGCUAAAACACUUUCUUGGUUUGUGUGUCACUGUGUGAGUGGAAGAGGCAAAAUAUAUAUACCACGUUCUGUGUUGUUUGCUGCAAUGUGUGUAUGUAUAAAUAGCCAGUUUAUCAUUGAUAUUCUGUGCGCCUGUGUGUGUGUGCUGAAGGAAACAGAAUCUGUUUUCAGUUAACCUUUUGUGGUUGGAGUAUAAUAUGCGCAGAACACCCGUAUGUAUUGACCUUUGCUGAAUGCUAGCUUCAAGACGUUUUAAACAAUGGCCAUACUUGGUGUAUAAUUUGGGUCACCUUUUUUCAUCCAUUGUGUGUGCGUGUCUAUGUGUGUUUUGAGGUAUCUUUUCCAUUUUUCUAGUAAUCCUUUCUUGUAGAUAAAUUUUGAGAAUAUUUUAGAACAUACACAGUUUACAGUACUUGGAAAGUAUGAAGUUUGUAAUUGGGUUGUCUUUAAAUGAAAGAUGAUUAGAGGUUACAUCUCAUUGUUUAGUGCAACCCCUCCCCCCUCCCCCAAUUAUUCUUGUUUCAUCAGAAUAGCUAUUUAAAAUCAAAUGUCAGUGUAGGUAGAUAGGAUGCCAGAGGCAUGGAUUUAAAGCUAAACUGGUUGCAGGAGCGGAUCUACAGCUAUGACCUGGGUCAGGCUUGAUUUGCAGCUUAGUCAGUUUUAGAAUCUGCUGUCAGUUUUGUAAACAGGAAUCUGCUGGCUGAACUGAACAGAAGGGUGAGAUUAGCAUAUUAAUAAGGUUGUUGCUAAUCGCCUCGCCUCCCUCCCCUCUCCCUCUCUUCCUCCUCCGCCUCUCCUGAAUGAAUCUAGGAAUACAGACGCACACAGUCACAUUGCUGGCUGGUUGCAUUCUGUUUGGUAGCUUGUCCAGGGAAAAGGAUGAUCUGUGCUUUAAAUUGUUGAGGCAUGCGAAGACUCCGAAACUGAAAUGCAUUCUUCACGCUGUCGGAAUAUAUUACUUGAGCAGCACUAAGGAAUGGGGUGGUGUGGAGAAUAUGACCGAUACCUAGCAUCUAGCAAAACCAUGGCAGCAGCUUACCUAGACCCAAACUUGAAUCACACACCAAGCUCAAGCACAAAGACGCACCUCAGUUCAGGGGUGGAGCGUUCUCCUGGGACGAUGGAACGAGUCCUAAAGGUUUUCCAUUAUUUUGAAAGUAACAGUGAGCCAACAACAUGGGCCAGUAUUAUACGUCAUGGGGAUGCUACAGAUGUUUGGGGCAUAAUCCAGAAGAUAGUAGAUAGUCACAAAGUAAAAAAUGUAGCCUGUUACGGUUUACGGCUCAGUCACUUGCAGUCAGAGGAAGUUCAUUGGCUUCAUCCAGACAUGGGAGUGUCCAACGUGAGGGAGAAAUUUGAACUAUCCCACGCGCCAGAGGAAUGGAAAUAUGAACUUCGAAUCCGAUACUUACCGAAAGGAUUUCUGAACCAGUUUACUGAAGAUAAGCCAACGUUAAAUUUUUUCUAUCAGCAGGUGAAAAAUGACUAUAUGGUAGAAAUAGCAGACCAGGUGGACCAGGAAAUUGCCUUGAAGCUAGGUUGCCUUGAAAUCAGGAGAUCAUACUGGGAGAUGAGAGGCAACGCAUUAGAUAAGAAGUCAAACUAUGAAGUAUUAGAGAAAGAUGUGGGCUUAAAAAGAUUUUUUCCGAAGAGUUUGUUGGAUUCAGUAAAGGCCAAAAACCUACGAAAAAUGAUCCAGCAAACGUUUCGACAGUAUGCCAACCUCAAUAGAGAAGAAAGUAUUUUGAAAUUCUUCGAGAUCCUCUCACCAGUAUACAGAUUUGACAAGGAAUGCUUCAAGUGUGCUCUGGGUUCAAGCUGGAUAAUUUCGGUCGAGCUGGCCAUUGGUCCAGAAGAAGGAAUCAGCUACCUUACAGACAAGGGUUCCAAUCUUACCCACCUGGCAGACUUCCAUCAAGUUCAGACCAUUCAGUAUUCAGCUAGUGAAGAUAAGGACAGGAAAGGAGUGCUACAAAUGAAAAUUGCUGGAGCACCAGAGCCUCUGACAGUGACAGCACCAUCCUUAACCAUUGCAGAGAACAUGGCAGACUUGAUAGAUGGCUAUUGCCGGCUGGUGAACGGUGCUACACAGUCCUUCAUCAUCAGACCUCAGAAAGAAGGUGAAAGAGCUUUACCGUCAAUACCAAAGCUGGCCAACAACGAGAAGCAAGGAAUACGGUCGCAUACAGUCUCUGUAUCAGGAGUCAAUCACUGUCAACAUAAAGCAAAGAAAGCCAGGCACUUUCUCCCUUUCGUCUUCUGUUCCCAUGAGUCACCACCUAAGGAUGAAAUUAGUGGGGACGAAACGGAUGACUAUGCAGAGAUUAUAGAUGAAGAAGAUACUUAUACCAUGCCCUCAAAAAGCUAUGGAAUAGAUGAAGCCAGGGAUUAUGAGAUUCAGAGAGAACGGAUUGAACUGGGACGCUGCAUUGGUGAAGGGCAGUUUGGAGACGUUCAUCAAGGAGUUUACGUGACCCCAGAAAACCCUGCCAUGGCGGUUGCAAUCAAAACGUGUAAAAACUGCACCUCAGACAGUGUGCGAGAGAAAUUCUUACAAGAAGCCUUAACAAUGCGUCAGUUCGAUCAUCCUCACAUCGUCAAGUUGAUCGGCGUUAUCACAGAAAACCCUGUCUGGAUCAUUAUGGAGCUCUGUACGUUAGGAGAGCUGCGGUCGUUUUUGCAAGUAAGAAAAUACAACUUGGAUCUGGCAUCUUUGAUACUGUAUGCUUAUCAGCUUAGCACAGCACUUGCCUACUUAGAGAGCAAACGAUUUGUACAUAGGGAUAUUGCUGCUAGAAAUGUGCUUGUGUCCUCCACGGACUGUGUGAAAUUAGGUGACUUCGGUUUGUCCCGGUAUAUGGAAGAUAGUACGUAUUAUAAAGCUUCCAAAGGAAAAUUGCCUAUCAAGUGGAUGGCACCAGAGUCCAUCAACUUCCGACGUUUUACCUCAGCCAGUGACGUCUGGAUGUUUGGUGUGUGUAUGUGGGAAAUUUUAAUGCAUGGCAUAAAGCCCUUUCAAGGAGUGAAGAACAAUGAUGUGAUUGGCCGCAUUGAGAAUGGCGAGCGGUUACCAAUGCCUCCGAACUGCCCUCCCACUCUGUACAGCCUUAUGACCAAAUGUUGGGCAUAUGACCCCAGCAGGCGGCCGAGAUUUACGGAACUUAAAGCUCAGCUGAAUACAAUACUGGAGGAAGAGAAGCUGCAGCAGGAGGAGCGAAUGAGAAUGGAAUCAAGGCGACAGGUUACGGUGUCCUGGGAUUCAGGAGGAUCAGAUGAGGCUCCUCCCAAGCCCAGCAGACCUGGUUAUCCCAGCCCAAGAUCCAGCGAAGGGUUUUAUCCGAGCCCACAGCAUAUGGUACAGCCCAAUCAUUACCAGGUCUCAGGGUACACCAGUUCCCAUGGGAUUCCAGCUAUGGCGGGUAGCAUUUAUCCAGGCCAGGCUUCCCUCUUGGAUCAAACAGAUUCCUGGAAUCAUCGGCCUCAAGAAAUAUCCAUGUGGCAACCCAACAUGGAGGAUUCCGGCAGUUUAGAUCUACGAGGAAUGGGGCAAGUUCUACCUGCACAUCUAAUGGAGGAGAGAUUGAUACGACAGCAACAGGAAAUGGAGGAAGACCAGCGAUGGUUGGAAAAAGAAGAGAGAUUCCUGAAACCUGAUGUGAGGCUCUCCAGGGGGAGCAUCGAUCGAGAAGAUGGGAGUCUCCAGGGUCCGGCUUCUAACCAGCACAUUUAUCAGCCUGUGGGUAAACCAGAUCAUUCCGCUCCACCAAAGAAACCACCUCGCCCAGGAGCUCCCAGCCAUUUGGGUAGCCUCGCCAGCCUGAACAGCCCUGUAGACAGCUACAAUGAAGGGGUUAAGAUUCAGCCACAAGAGAUUAGCCCUCCCCCAACAGCCAACUUGGAUCGUUCCAAUGACAAGGUCUAUGAGAAUGUCACAGGCCUCGUGAAAGCGGUCAUAGAGAUGUCCAGCAGAAUUCAGCCAGCCCCACCGGAGGAAUAUGUCCCCAUGGUGAAGGAGGUUGGCUUGGCACUUCGGACUUUACUGGCUACAGUAGACGAAACCAUCCCAGUGCUCCCGACAAGCACCCACAGAGAGAUUGAGAUGGCCCAGAAACUCCUGAACUCUGACCUCGCUGAACUGAUUAACAAGAUGAAGCUGGCUCAGCAAUAUGUCAUGACUAGCCUGCAGCAGGAAUACAAAAAGCAGAUGCUCACGGCAGCUCAUGCUCUGGCUGUGGAUGCCAAAAACUUGCUAGAUGUUAUUGACCAAGCCAGGCUAAAAUCGAUUGGCCAGUCCAGGCCCCACUAAAUGCAGAGGGCAGUUUGCAUUGUGCAGUUGGGAGAGCCUUGCUCCCUUAAUGGGCAAUUAGCCUUCCAGCAGAAAUGAGAAUUGACCCCUCCUGGUCCUGGAUUUCCAGUAAUUCCCAUGCUGCUUAACAAAAUGACGCCUGUUGGUUCUUCUAUCUUCAAGCAUCUCCCCCCCCCCAAUUGACAAUGCCAGGAAGUCUGAGAUUGAAAACGUGUCAAUUUUCACAAACUGCAUCUGCACAGAAUUUGAAAUUUUCACAUUAUGUGGAAUGUGAAUCUCUUCAUUUGCCAAGGGUUUUUUU